UUGGUGGGUUUCGUGCAUGAAUUACUUACUUGCUUUGCUUUGAUUUUUACCUAUGCUUAUUCUUAUUUAUGUUUUUGUGAAAGCUUCGAUUUUGUUAAUCUUAUCCUCGAUUUUGAUUCUUAUAUAUCAUCUGAUCGACUCGUUAUUAUACGCACCACACAGCAUCAGAGCAGAUGAACGGCAACACUGGGCAGCGUGUUUACUGGCAAAUGCCCUCGCAACAAUCCCCGGCCCCUAGAGAUCCUCCCCGAAACCCCCCUCCGAAGAGGACAAUGUCGUCGACGAUGGAAACCCUUGGUAUUCGCUUGCGUCCACCAGGUUUCCACCAGUCUGCUUCGUCCUCGUAUUAUCACACACGGCAAUCGCCACCACAGCAGCCGCCACCACAGCAGCAACAGGCGAGAGUGAUGCAUGAGAAUAUGUAUGCGUCAAGUCAGCUCACUAGUCAACCGCACCAGCAACCGUGGAAUGGAUUUGGGCAGAGCCAUGAUUAUGCCACUGGAAAUGGGUAUUUGUAUACUCCUUCACUAAAUGACCAAAGUAAGUUGACUGUGUUAGCCAUCGGUCCUGUGGACAUAGGAAAGCCAAAUAUGUAUUCCGAUUUAAAUACGGAUCUGUAUACUUGGCAGUACGGCCUUCUUUACCCGGACGCGUACCAGCAGAUGGGCAGUACAGAGCCACAGUCAAAGUUAUUCUCACCUGACUAUAACUUGUCCGCAACCUAUCCAAACACCUCACCUCUAUACACGGGUCAGUUAGUAGCACCAGCGACGGAGCCGGGUUUUCUAGUAUACCCAGACACAAUUUCCUGUCCCUCUUCGGAAUACACCUCGACAAGUUCACUGACGGCUCUAUCGCCCGCGCCUUCUCCUCGGUGUUCACAGUCAGAAUCACAGUCAGAGCUGGCUCGAGGCAUAAAACGGCCCCGAGGAACGCCAUCUCCCCGUCCUAACCAGUUCGCUGCUCCUUAUAAUCUUGAGGAUACCCGCCGUUGCUGGUCCCCUGUGUCAUGCCCAUCAGCCACGCCAGCGAGGCGACCGUCACCUCUGGCACGGCAGGCUCGGACGCCGGAGCAUAUCACGCCCAAUACCUACCAAUUCUCAGCACCUCCAUCAUUCAUACCGAACAACUCCCUACUCAUGACCAGUUCAAGCCAACCACCAACACUCGGCUCAAGUCCUGAACGACACAAGCAGAAAGGUUCAAACCAUCAUCCCCGCAAAAUGCUCAAAUCACUGCACAGCAAUGGCGACGGCGACAGCCAGCAUCUCAACGACUACACCCGUCUAUCAGAAGGACCACCCGACCUCUUCGGCCCAUUGUCCGAAGAACCCAAGCCGCCGGUGGCCAAGGACAUGCACCCAGACGACCCAAGCCUGAUGCCGCACGAGCAAGACCUACGCUUCGACAACGACCUGUACACGCCGCGCUGGGUGCGCGGCCACGGCAACAAGCGCGAAGGAUGGUGCGGCAUCUGCAAACCGGGACGGUGGCUGGUGCUCAAGAACUCGGCGUUCUGGUACGACAAGAGUUUCUCGCAUGGCGUCAGCGCUGCAACGGGGCAGGCUUUUGAGGCGCCACGAGAGAUCCGCCGCGCGGAGGGGGAGCACCACAGUACUAAUAGUAGCAGCAACAAGGAAGAUAUGUGGGAAGGGCUCUGUGGUAGCUGUGGCGAAUGGAUUCCGCUGAUCAGUUCUAAAAAGAAAGGCACGACGUGGUUUAGACACGCAUACAAGUGCCAGUCCCGGAGCAGAGACAAGGACAAGCACCGUAUCGAAAGCACCGUUUCGCUGCAGCUCGACCAGUCCUCUGCCUCUCCUCUCGCGACGCCUGCACCAUUCGUUGAGCUGCUCGACCCAGUCCACAAUCCGCUGUACUUGUCGGUGCCGGACGGUGGUAGUGGUAGCGGUAGGAACGAUGGGAACGCGGUGAUGCGAACCAUGGCAAAUUUCCAGACGCUGCUCUGAUGUGAGUUAAAUACUAAUACUAGACGGCGGCGGUAUUACACAUGUACUGCUGACUGGACUGUUGGUUAUUGAUUGAUGGAUUGAUUGAUUGAUUGGUUAGCGAGUCAUGAUUGUUUGUACUUCAGACAUGGGUAUAUAGACUUGUAAUGAUUUCAAGCUGUUCAUAUGAAUACACAUGCUGGUUGGUUGGUUGAUUGUUUGGUUUGCUUGCAGGUUAGUUACGUGGCAUCCACUAGUACAGUAAACACUAAAGAGCGAGUACAAUAGACCCUGUAUAGUGUAGACAUUGACACGUCGAUAUCAGCACGAGAGCAAACAUUUUGAAGGCUUAGGGGCUAUGGAAGCGUAUGGAAGACAGGCAGUCAGAUUGCUCACAAACUGUGG